AUGUCAUUGUUAGUCCCCAAUAGUAAUGAUCGCCACGAUGCACACGGUGAUCCUAACGAGGAUGCAUUGUUUUAUAACUUAAUUGCAGAGCGAAACUUAUCUAGUCUUGGACAACACAUGUGGAAGUUUUCACCGCAACAUGGAUUCUUUAAACAAUCUGAUCCAAACACAGAUGACAUGGAAUUUAGAUACACAGAAGAAAAUUUUGGUAUAGAAAAGUCUUGGGGGGCGAUAAUCAAUGAAUUGAAUGAAUUGAACGCAUCUGCUCCCUCCAAUGUUCAAUACAAGUUGAUUUUCUUUGCUAGGCACGGUCAAGGAUGGGCAAAUGUUGCAGGAAGGAAGUACUCAAAAGAGGAGUGGUACAACAAAUGGAGGUUCUUGGGUUCAGAUGGUGAAAUAACUUGGGGUCCAGAUGCAGAUUUAACUGAAUUGGGGAUCAACCAGGCUUUUGAAAAUCACGAUGCUUGGAGAGAACAAUUGGAUAAGGGAGCACCAUAUCCGAAGUCCUUUUAUGUUUCUCCUCUUCAACGAUCGAUCAAAACACACAUAAUUACGUGGCCCGAUACGAAUCCUUCGGUGAUUGAAAAUUUACGAGAAACCAUUGGAUUGCAUUUAUGUCACAAACGAUCAACCAAAAGUCAACUUGAAUCAAAAUUUCCAUUCCUUGUGUUUUCUAAAGACUUUGAAGAAGAAGAUAAGCUUUUUGAAUCGUAUGUGAAUCCAAAAAGAGAGCAGCUACACGAGCAGUUUAUUAGAAUUCAUGAUGUGUUGCAGGAUAUCUUCAAUAAUGACAAGAACGACGUUAUUAGUAUAACUUCGCAUGCAGGGACAAUCAGAGCAUUUAUCACAGUGAUCGGACAUAGGAAGUUCACCAUACCUACAGGAGGGAUGAUACCCAUUGUGGUAAAAGGUGAAAUGGAGUAG